AUGUGCCGGGGUUUCUUUUCGACCCUGGAUGGCCAGGCCCAGGAUUGGUUCGGAUCCCUCCCGGAGGGCUCCAUCUCUACCUUCGCGGCUCUUACCAAGCAAUUCAUGUCGUAUUUUGCCAGCAAUGUACAAAAGAGGAAGGAGUUUGCAGACCUAUAUCACGUAAAGCAGCGGCCUACAGAUUCACUACCGGAGUUCCUCAACAAAUGGAAGCGCGAAGUAUUGGGGGUCGCCAACUUCGACGACAGAGUAGCCAUAAUAAUCUUCAGGAAUAACUUGCGGUCCGACCCGUUUUACCGGGACCUCAUCCGGUACCCCCCAAGACCUACAACGAGCUGA